CGACCACAAACGAUAGUUUCAUGUCGUCAAGGCGCGCGCGCACAAGUUUCAUCCGUAGUCGUUGGCUCGAGCGUUGCUCUCAGGCUCGCGGCUGCGCCCUGCUUCACCGCAGCGGCCAUGGCGCGGCCUGCGCCCACAUCCUUCCCGCACUUCAGCGGCAGUGGCAGGGAGGGGCCGCCCGCCGCUUUCGCGGCCCCAGCGGGGCCCCACGCCAGGGCUGUGGGCCCAAACGCAGCAGCGCGCCGCGCAACGGAGCCGGUGUUCCUGCUCGCGUUCCUGGCCUGCUCCGUGGCCCCGCAGCUGUUUUUCGCCGGCCACGCGCUGCUUGCGGGUGCGCGCGACGGCCGCCUCGCAGCGGCAGAGCUUCCCGAGGGCCUCUUCGCUGGGCUCCUGUGGGCCAUGCUGGUGUGCACAGUCAUGGGCUUUCUGCUGCUUCAAAUCCUGCGCUACAUGCCGAUCGGGCUCGUGCUCUAUGCGGUUGUUGGCGGCAGCGCCAGCCUGCUGGCCGGGCUUGGUCUGCUCGUCAGCAUGGGCGCUGUAUCUGUGGCGGGGUCUGACAGCGAGGAGCCGCUGCCCUUCGAGCGCGCCUCCACGAGCGCCGCCGUCUCACGAGUGGUUGCCGCGCGGCUUGGGGAGCUGUUGCUCUUGGCCGCCGCGGUGGAGCUCGCUGUCGUGGCGUACUUCUGGAAGGAGGUCCGUCUCUCGGUCUCCGUGCUGCGCGCCACCGCGCUCUUCCUCAGAGACGUGCCAAGUGUGCCGGCGCUGCUCCCGCCUCUGUUCGGUAUUCUUCACUGUGCGGGCCUGCUCUUGUGGGCACUUGCCGUCGUGGGCGCGGUCGAGGUGCUUGGCAGGGACGACGAGCUGGGUACAACACUGCGGGAGUGCUACGCCGUGCACACGGCGGUCGGGCUCUCGCUGUGCUAUUUCUGGGGCAACGGCUUGGUAACCGCGUUGUCAUCUUUCACGACCGCGGCUGCAGCUUCUGACUGGUACUUCGCACGGCAGCACGAGAAGCGGCACGUGGCGGCGCCGAGAAGAUUUGUUGCAGAUCGUGAAGGUGGGCGUUUGUGCCCACGGCGGCUCCCUGGCCCUCGGCGCUCUCCUCGUGGCCGUCGUGCGUACGCUCAACCUGGCGCUGUUCUGGGCCGGGAGGAACCACCAGCGGCGCGAGGGCGACUCUGCGCUCUGGCGCUUCCUGCUGCGCCUGCGGGAGGCCGGGGCAGGCUUCUUGGAGUGGAUGGCUAAGAUAGCCGCCAAGCAGGCCUACGUGGAGGUGGCCAUCUCUGGCUGUGGCUUUCUUCAGGCCGCCAAGGUGGCCACAACGCGCGUCGCGAAGGCUCCAAAGAGCUUUCUCGCAGUGGAGAGCGCGGGCGCGUUCCAGCGCUUCGGGAGCCAACUUCUGUUGAUCGUGUCUGCGGGCUGCGUUGCGGUCGCUCUUGUGCCGCUUGACGAUGGGGCAGAGACGAGCACAGUGGCCUCGCUGCUUCUAGCCUUCGGUGGAGCAUGGCUCGUGGCAGAGAGCGUGCUGCAUCCAGUCAGCGUGGUGACCACGACCAUCCUGCAGUGCCUUCUCCUUGAUGACAGGACUUGCAAGGAAGACUACGUGCCCGCGCCACUCCGCUGGCUGAUGCAGGCCCCCGAGUCCUCUUUCGCUGCCCACUACCCCUGAGCGCCGGAAGGGUGAAGGAGGGAGGAGAGGGGACACAGGUAUCCGCCAUCGCGAACUCAUCACGACGUAGUGAAAAUCAUCA